CUUGGUGUCAUGCUGCUAGAUGAGCAGUAACGGCUCGUGUUUCCAUUUUAGUGGAGCCACAGGUGCCUCGACGUGCUCAUUGGUUGGACUUUCAAUCUGAGCGUCAGGAUCCAGGACCAAGGACGCUGUGACCGCUGCAGAGCGCUCCUCCAGGCAGAGGCCGAUCCAAAGCAGCUAUGACAUCAGACACUAAUCAUUCUUAAUUGUAUCACCCGCGAGCUGCGCGUAAACCUCGGACUCUCUCCGCCUGUCGCAGAAUGGAGUAUACACCUGACGUGGAUUUGGACGAGCUGUGUCCGGUCUGUGGAGAUAAAGUCUCCGGGUACCAUUAUGGCCUGUUGACCUGUGAAAGCUGCAAGGGCUUUUUUAAAAGAACCGUCCAAAACAACAAGAAGUACACGUGCGCGGAGACGCGCGACUGCCGGAUCGAUAAGACGCAGAGGAAACGCUGUCCGUCCUGCAGGUUCCAGAAGUGUCUUCAUGUCGGCAUGCGACUGGAAGCUGUUCGUGCAGAUCGCAUGAGAGGUGGCAGGAACAAGUUCGGACCCAUGUACAAGCGUGACCGGGCCCUGAAGCAGCAGAGAAAAGCUCUGAUGCAGGCUGCUGGAUCCAGUCACGACCAGCAAGGCUUUAGCGUCCACCCAGACCUCGUCUCCCCCAGAACCCCACUGCCCACGGCUCAGCAUGACGACAUGCGCUGCCUCCUUCCGUCACUGCGCUGCCUCCUGCCCUCAGACCUGCCCAGCCCCAGCCAGCACCACGGGAACUACCUCUCAAACUGGACAAUCAAUUCCAGCUCUGCCGCCAGAGCCUACACGUCCAGCCCCCCUCCGGGUCCUGGGGUUCCUGCACUGGUGCUGGAGCUCCUGCGCUGUGACCCCGAUGAGCUGCAGCUGCAGAACAAGUCAGCCGCUCGCCUCCUGCAGGAGCAGAGCGGCUGGAACCAGCACGGCCGCCUCGACACCUUCCGCCUGACGUGCCUCCUGGCCGACCAGAUGCUGUUCUUCAUGGUGGACUGGGCUCGAACGUCCAUCUUCUUCAAACAACUUAAAGUGAGGGACCAGAUGAAGUUACUGCACAACUGCUGGAGUGAGCUGUUGCUCCUGGACAUCAUCUCCAGACAGGUCCUGUACGGGAGAGAGGACCGGCUGCUCCUGGUCACGGGGCAGGAAGUGGAGCUGUCAGAGAUAGUUGCUCAUGCCAGUCCUGCCUUGAUCAGCCUGGUCCAGAGAGGACAGAACCUGGUUGAGAAGCUCCACAUCCUAAAGGUGGACCGCCAAGAGUUUGCUUGUAUGAAGUUCCUGACUCUUUUUAACCCAGAUGUGAUGGAGCUUGAAGACCAUCAGUUCAUAGAAAAUGUCCAGGAGCAGGUGGAAGGAGCCUUGUUGGAGUACACCCUGUGCACCUCGACUCGGUACCUCGAACGCUUCGCUCAUCUGCUGCUGUGUCUGUCUGAGCUGCGCUCCCUCAGCAUGUUAGCUGAAGAAUAUCUGUGCUGCAAACAACUGAGUGCAGACGUGCCCUGCAACAACCUGCUCAUUGAAAUGCUGCACGCCAAGCACAGCUGGCCAUGAAGACAAACAGCCAUAUGAAUGCAUUAGGUGUAAAUUGGAUGUUUAUUGAUAAUAAACAGUUCUUUUCUUCUGUGCCUUA